AUGGAUGGACAUGGAGAGCGCGACUCUCCAAAAGAGGCACCACAUAACACGGAGAUGCUCCUCGCUCUGCUGUCGCACAGUGAGGAGCUACGGAAAGAAAUCCCGUUAUGUGCCGGCUGCAAUCAACACAUCGUGGACCGCUUCAUCCUCAAAGUGCUGGAUCGCCACUGGCACAGCAAGUGCCUGAAAUGCAGCGACUGUCAGGCGCAGCUGUCGGAGAAGUGCUUCAGCAGGGGCGACAGCGUCUACUGCAAAGAGGACUUCUUCAAGAGAUUCGGGACCAAAUGCGCCGCCUGUCAGCAGGGGAUCCCGCCCACGCAGGUGGUGAGGAGGGCGCAGGACUUCGUCUACCACCUGCACUGUUUCGCCUGCAUCGUGUGCAAAAGGCAACUGGCCACCGGGGACGAGUACUAUCUGAUGGAGGACAGCAGGCUGGUGUGCAAGGCCGACUACGAGACCGCCAAGCAGAGAGAAGCAGAUUCUACUGCAAAAAGGCCACGAACGACCAUCACCGCUAAACAGCUGGAAACACUUAAGAACGCGUACAAUAACUCUCCCAAACCCGCCCGCCACGUCCGGGAGCAGCUUUCAUCAGAGACGGGCCUGGAUAUGAGAGUUGUGCAGGUUUGGUUUCAGAACCGACGAGCUAAAGAGAAAAGGCUGAAGAAAGACGCCGGUCGGCAGAGGUGGGGGCAGUAUUUCCGCAACAUGAAGAGGUCACGAGGAAGCUCCAAAUCGGACAAGGACAGCAUUCAGGAGGAGGGCAUGGACAGUGACGCCGAGGUGUCCUUUACAGACGAACCACCCAUGUCCGAGCUUGGCCUCACGAAUGGCAUCUACAGCAGCCUGAGUGAGUCCUCUCCAGCCAUGGGGGGCCGCCAAGGGGGCAACAACCACAGCUCCUUCCCACUGGAGCAUGGCGUUCUUCCCUCUCAAGACCAGUUCCACGACAUCCGCUCCAGCAGCCCCUACGGCCUUCCUCAGUCGCCAGGGUCGCUUCAGGCGCUACCCAGGCACCAGCCUCUCAUCUCCAGCUUGGUCUACCCCGACUCCGACCUUUCCAUCAUGACCCAGGGCGGCGGGCCUGGGAUCAACCCCGCUGUGAGGGGCUCCAUGAGCGCCGCCAACGGCCCCAGCUCGGACCUCUCGACCGGCAGCAGCGGAGGAUACCCAGACUUUCCUGCCAGUCCGGCAUCCUGGUUAGACGAAGUGGACCACGGGCAGUUUUGA